GUAGAAAAUAUGUCGUUUUCAGGAAUGCUCUCUGAAGUUAAUGAAUUUCAAUUGGCAAGACUCACCCUGUUGAUAUCUUAUUUAAUGCUAGCGCUUCUCAGGCAUCCUCUCAUUGUUUCUGAAGUGCUGUGCUUGUGUUGUCGCCAAAAAAUAAUAUCAAUUCAGUUCAGAGAACUCUAACUGUGCAUUAAUUUUUUGUGCUUGGAUAUUUUAUUACAUCAUGAGAGAUUCCAAGAUCGAAUUGAGUUUUCCUUAUAGAGAUGUUCAAAUCAAGAGAGGAGUAGAUCCAAAAGAAGAAUACAACCUACAGGAAGAAUUAGGAAGAGGUAAAUUUGGUAUUGUUUACCGUUGCACAGAGAAAAAGUCCGGCCUUACCUUGGCUGCCAAGUUCAUAAACUGCCCGAAAAAGGAAGACAGGAGAAAUGUGGAAAGAGAAGUGGACAUAAUGAAAACCCUACAGCACCCCAGACUGAUCCAGAUGUAUGACGCUUAUGAAAACGGGAAGAUUAUGUGUGUUAUUUUAGAACUGAUUGAAGGCGGAGAAUUGUUCGAGAGAGUCAUAGAUGACGAUUUUGUCCUCACAGAAAAAAGUUGUACGAUUUUCAUGCGACAAAUAUGCGAGGGCGUGGAUUUUAUGCACAAACAAAGAAUUCUACAUUUAGAUAUGAAGCCGGAAAAUAUUCUCUGCCUAACCAAAACAGGAAACAGGGUGAAAAUUAUUGACUUCGGACUUGCUCGGAGGUUCGAUCCGGAAAAAAAACUUCAAGUAUUAUUUGGCACCCCUGAAUUUGUUGCCCCGGAAGUGGUUAACUAUGAUUCGAUUGGAUAUGGUACAGACAUGUGGUCUGUAGGUGUUAUAUGUUACGUAUUAUUAUCUGGUUUAUCUCCAUUUAUGGGCGCAAAUGAUCCUCAAACGAUGGCGAAUGUGACCAUAGCAAAAUACGACUUUGAUGAUGAAGCCUUCAAUGAAAUAUCCGAAACCGCCAAAGAUUUCAUCAGGAAACUGUUGGUCAAAGAUAUGACCGCUCGCAUGUCGGCCGAAGAAUGCCUAAAUCACGACUGGCUGAAGAGAAAGAAAAGGCCAGUGACACGUACGCCCUCCAUGGAAGUGACGAAAGAUAACCUCAAACUGUUCGUGGAACGAUGGAACGAACACCCUAACUCGCCGUAUAUUUUCGACAAACAGUCGCAGUUCAUUUCACCGGUAUGUUCUGGCGGACACAAACUAACAGAUUCACUUCAUUCGCUGGUAGGUCUGUCGCCGUCUCCCUGUGGUUCGCUAGCGUCAUCCACGGGACUGGACGAUUACGCGUUUAGCGACGUCCAACCGAUCGAUUUCGACAGGCGGAGGGCUUCAGAUAGCCACGGGGUGGUGACCCCGAGGGACAUAACCGAAAGGAUAAAUUUGGCAGAAGAAAUCAGGAAGCUGUCGGAUAAGUUGUACCAACUGUCGAAGAUACCUACGACGCUGAACAACGAUAAAUGUUCUCUGGGGGAACCCCCCAUUUCGCCCACUUCAAACGGGGAUCACCAACAAACGAAUGGAGUGCUCAAAAGUGUUCCAAUACAGAUUUUACACACGAAAUACGAGGAUAUCCCCAAGGGACCAGUGAACUGCGAUGUACCAUGGAGAAAGACUAAGUUUAAACUGAACCAAUUCAGUCGAGAUGUCCCUUUGGCAGUUAAGCACUUGAACGGUACCAAAACAUACAGCGCAACCGUUAAAUAUAACUCAGUUCAAAGAGCACAGACCGAUUCCACUCCGAAUACCACCAAAGACCUGCUGUUGACACUUCUGGAGCACUGGGAUGGACCUCAUGGGACCAAGAGGCAAAAUACAAGGCACAGUUCGAUAUCAUCAGAAUGGUCAGAGAGCGAGCAGAGUUUAGGUCAAAAGACUAUUAGUUCUCUAAAUAAUUUUUUCCAGUCCAGAGCGGCGUCUAAGAAAAUAACUCCCUUCCAUCAGUUCGAAAAUUGAAUCAAAGACA